CCAUUCUGACUGUUCCCACUAAGAGAGAUGGCACCGGCCAGAACAGGAUUCAGCCCCCUGCUGCUGUUCCUGCUGCUGGGACUGUGGGUGGCCGAGGUCCCGGUCUGUGCCAAGCCCAAGAACAUGACCUCAGCUCAGUGGUUCGAAACUCAGCACGUGCAGCUGAGCCCCCAGCCAUGCAACGCAGCAAUGGCCAACAUCAACAAGUACACGAGGCGCUGCAAGAAUAUCAACACCUUCCUGCAUGAAUCCUUUGCCGACGUGGCCACCACCUGCCAGACCCCCAACAUAGCCUGCAAGAACGGCCAUGACAAGUGCCACCAGAGCCAAGAGCGUGUGUCUUCCACCAGCUGCGAUCUCACUUCCGGGAUGUACCCACACUGCAGGUACAAAGAGAGGCAGUUGAAUGCCUUCUUCAUCGUGGCCUGUGAACCGCCCCAAGCAAAAGAUGACCAAAGCUACCAGCUGGUUCCUGUGCACCUGGACAACGUCUUUUAGUUUUCCAGGUCUCGGCCUUCCUCCCCCUUGGC